AUGUCCCCUGAGAGCUCCCGCUGGGUCCUGCUGACAAACCCUGGUCCCAGCGUGGCCACAGACCCACCCCUGCCCCCUUCCAGCCUGCUGUCCCGGCUCUUCCCGCUGGGUGUGCAGCCCAGCAGUAUGAUCCAGGGCGCCUCGGAGCCUGCCGGCCCUGGCUGGGCCUGGGGCUGGGGUGGGGACGGUGACGGCGACGGCGACGGGGAUGGCGCUGGGCUGGCCCUGCUGGCACUGGCUGUGGUGGCUGUCACUGCCCUGGUCUUGCACUGGCUUGGCUCUGGGCAGGAGCAGGAGGCGGCAGGACUGGCACCCAUAGCCCCCGGACAGGCAGGAGGAGCUGGGCCAGCCCUGCCCCCAAAGGCCAAGGUCAGUGGUGGCAUCAAGGGACACAGCUCAGGGCUGGGGAAGCCAGACCCUCCGGGAUGCAGCCAGGGGGGCCCAAUGGCAGCCGGGGCCCAGCAUCUGGAGCCCCCAAGAGGUAGAGGUCUGGCUGCUACAGUCACAUCUCGGCUCAAGACACCUGGCAGGGUGGCCGGGGGCCAGGGGUUGGGGCAGCAGCAUGAUAGUGCUGCCCCGGAAACCCUCCGGGCUAAGGGAAGGGGUACCCUCCUGGGUAGGAGCCAAGCAGGGGGUAUAUCUGCCCCUCUCUUGAUACACUUCACGCCUCGGAGUCCCGGCAGAGAAAUAGAGGAGCGGGUGGAGGCAGGAGAGCUCCGAGCAAAGGUGCCAGGUGACCAGGCCCCGGUCCAUGCCAAGGAACAGGACACCACCCCCUGGCACCAAGGUGUGAGGUCACCUGGCUCCCUGGGGAGAGGCCCAGGCAGCCAACGGAGGCAGGUGGGCAACAGCUCAGGAGAUAGAACCUACCACUCCCCGAAGCAGGACCCCCUGCGCCUGGGCACUGUGGUGAGCGUGUGGGACACUGUGGAUGCAGCCAGCAGCCUCUCCACGGGCGUCCAGAGGCCCCCCUCCCCCCAGGUGCUGCCCCCAUCACACAUGCUGGCUGGGCCGCUGAUGGAUGGCUCAGAGCGGGGCAGUGGGAAGGAGAGCCCCCAGCCAGCCCCAGUCCUGAUUAUGGGCUCAGGGGCUGAAGCUGGUGAGAGCAGAGAGGCUGGGCCCUGGGCCCCCCCGGAGUCUAAGGGAUCCCCAGCCCCCAUGGAAGACUCUUUGCCCUUCAGAGUUAGCCAGGGUCCUGCUGGGGAUGACUGUCUCAAAGACGUGCCAGCUCUGACCGCAGCCCCAGCCCCAGCCCCUGACCCAUCUCCAGCUUCUGCCCCAGUUACAGCCCCCGCCCCCACUAGCGGGCCAGGGCUUACAUCUCACGAGCCCAGUGGGGCUCUCUUCGAGGGUAAGCAGGGAGGGCAGAUCUCAACUAGCUGGGAAAACCUUAUUUCCAUGGUUCUUAGGAGUCACCCCUUCCCCAGGCAAGAGGGCCCCCAGGGGAGGGCCCCAAGCACAGCUCCAGGGAGCCCUAGAGACCCCAGCACCUUCGCGCUCUCUGAAAACAGAGAGUCUGGUGCUCUGCCUGAAGGGGCUGUGUUCAGCCUCAAGGACAGUCACAGCUCGGCCAGAAUGGUCCCGGGGACAGGCACGGGGGGCCUGGCUGAGGCUGGAUGUCAGCCACAGCAGAAGAAGACCCCCAGCGCUUCCACCCCAGGCCUGCCCACAGGCCCAAGAGGAGACGGAGACGAGGACAGACAUCCGGCCUUCCUGCUGCUCCGAGCUGCCAUGCCCAGGGCCCCGUCACUGCCCGCUGAGCCCGCGCAGCCUGGCCCUGCACCCUCCCCGACUGCGAGGCCGGAGGUGCAGCCUGUCCCCCGGCCACGGAAGCACAGCCUGUGCAGAAUAGCCGAGAACUCUGAGUGGGAGGUCAGCCAGGCUGCCCCAAGGCAGCACCAGGGGGAGACAACAGCCGAGAGGCCCAGCUCUGCAGGCAGCCGGGGGGAUCUCACGGAGAAGCAGAAAGAGACCCAACAACUCAUGGUGUUUCUGCAGAGGCCCCGGAGCUGGGGAGUGGUGGCGGGGCCCCGCAAGCCCAGCCCCACAGGCCAGGAGACGGCUCCAGGAGUCGCUCUGCAGCGGCGGCUGGACCUGAGCAGCUGCCUGGACAUUCUGGCCUUUGCCCGGCAGCACGGGGAGCCCUGCCUGGCCCAGAAGGCCUGUGCGCUGAUGAGUGACAAUCUGCUGCGCGUGCUGGGAGACCCGAGCCUCUACCGGCAGCUGAGUGGGGCUGACCGGGAGCGCAUCCUGAGCCUUCGGACCGGCCGGGGCCAGGCGGUGCUGGGGGUCCUGGUGCUGCCCAGCCUUUACCAGAUGAACCGCUCCGGGCCCACAGGGGGCGCUCCUGGGGAGGGGGCUCCUGUGGCGGGGCCUGCACCCCUACCUCCUCGCUCACACGUGCACGUGUUCAACCCCCGAGAGAACACAUGGCAGCACCUGACUGAGGUGCCCGAGGAGGCUCCGCUGCGGGGCUGUGGCCUCUGCACCAUGCACAACUACCUGUUCCUGGCGGGGGGCGUCCGGGGCUCUGGUGCCAAGGCCACCUGCUCCAAUGAGGUCUUCUGCUACAACCCUCUGACUAACAUCUGGAGCCAGAUGCGGCCCAUGCAGCAGGCCCGCGCCCAGCUUAAACUGGUGGCCCUGGACGGGUUGCUCUACGCCAUCGGGGGCGAGUGCCUAUACAGCAUGGAGCGCUAUGACCCGCGUACAGAUGCCUGGACCUCACGCGCACCCCUCCCUGCAGGCACCUUCCCUGUGGCACACGAAGCUGUGGCCUGCCGUGGGGACAUCUAUGUCACCGGGGGCCACCUCUUCUGCCGCUUGCUCAGGUACAGCCCUGUGAAGGACACAUGGGAUGAAUGCACCUACAGUGCCAGCCACCGGCGCUCCAGUGACAUGGUGGCACUGGGGGGCUUCCUGUACCGCUUCGACCUGCUGCGGGGUGUGGGUGCCGCAGUGAUGCGCUACAACACGGUGACUGGGUCCUGGAGCCGAGCCGCCCCCCUUCCACUGCCCGACCCAGCCCCACUCCGCUGCGCCGUGUUGGAUGACACCAUUUACUGCCUCAGCCACCAGGUCACCGCCACCCUCACGGUCUCUGAGGGGACUGCUCAGUUCCAGGCCAAGGGGCUGCAGCCCUUUCCCCUGGGGAACAAGGGAGUCCUCUGCCCGUUCAUCCUGACACUGCCCCCCGCAGACCCGGUUCAGACUGCCAUCUGA